UCAGUUUGAAAAACACAUUAGGAGCAGGAAUAUCGAAAACUUUUCAGAACUCGUAGCUAAACGUGUUGUGGAAAUGGCGCACAAAUCACAAUGGCCUGAGAAGGUUCCAGUUUUGCCGGACUGGUGCGACUUCCACUCGGCGUCACCUACAAAGAGAAUUAUUUUUAUUGGAAUCAUGCGUACAACAAUAGCACUAAUUUCCUUCGGUCUUUGUGUUGCAUUUCUUGCAGUAUAUGAUUCUUCAUCUGGUGUACAAAUUCUUUUAGGCAUCAUUAUCGCCCUCAAUCUACUUCAUGUUUUCGUUACAAUUUAUUUCAUUUAUGUGGGACGACCGGGCAAUCCGCGGAUAAUAAAAGGGUGGUUUAUUACUGAUAUGGUAAUCACUGGUCUUUACAUUCUGUUGAUAAUAAUUCUACUGUGUACUAUACCAGCAGAACGAUUGCACAUUUUUUUGGGAAUAAAAUUAAUUGUAUUAUCGCUGUUGCUGUGCUUCAGAUAUACCAGAAAUUACAUAUACUUUCUGGAGAAACCUAUCCCAGUCUACAUAUAAUCGUAUUUGUAGUAUUUAUUUAAACAGCAGCAGGGUAUUUGUACAUAGCUAAAGGUUUUCGUUACGUACAUUGGAACAAAAAUAGGAGUAAUAAAUAUAUUAUAAUAUUUUGAUGUUGAAGCUAAUAAGAUAGUAUACAUUUAUAAACUGCAGCAGAUGUGGUAAAAACAUUUUUUGUACUUUUUUGUACGACUAUCGCUUUUUCGAUCAUUUACCGUACAGGUUUCCAUAGCAGUAAGUUCAGUUUACGGGUUGCUACGACUAACAACGAAGAGGCGAACGGUACGCAAAUUACUUACUGUUCAGCUGAACGGUAAGUAAUCGUGUAUUCAAGAUUUUUUUUAUUUUAAAUUCCAUGCUUGAUAUUUUAAGCAAAUAAGUCACUCACUAAUAGUCGCGGAAAGAAAAUUAACUCGCUUCGCUCCGUCUCCAAACUUUUGUCUUCGACCAGUAAACACCCCUUAGCGUUCCAGAUAAUGUAAAGUAAUGUGUAACUUAUUACCACGAGGUCAAUAGAUAUUUAACACAAUGUUUAAAUACCAUUUAGUGGAUGCUUACUUAAAAAAUAAUUAAGAUGUUAUUCUUAAGAUAAUGUUAUAUAUGAUGUAUAUAAUAAACGAAAGUGUUCAAAAUUUA